AAUAAAUAAAACGAAAACUACUAGAAUACGUCUUAUUCCAUAAGUAAAUGAUUGAUGCGUGAAAAACCCUGUGCUUGGUUCUCAAUUUACGGAAUCGCUUAAUGUGCUUAUAAAUUCUAUAACCAUUAACUUAUUCUGGAUAAAAAGUUUGUUUCGUAAACAGGAAUAUGGCUUUUAACGUUGGGAAUACCCCUAUGUUUGGCGCAGCUCAAGCUACUUCUACACCAUUUGGAAAUACCACUGCAAACAAACCUUUGUUUGGCCAGUCCACUCUUUCAUUUGGAACCCCACAAGCUAGUACUCCAUCCUUCAACUUGGGCUCAAAUACUACCACUACGUCAACUGGAUUUGGCUUCGGAUCCAACCCUACAACCACAACAUCCUUGGGUGGUUUUGGGACAUUCGGUUCUGCUACAACCUCUACAGCCACUGGUUUUGGUUCAUUUGGUGGCUUUGGCUCAACCACAACCACCUCUGCACCCAGUUUUGGGUUUGGCAGCACCACCACUACUGGCACAACGGGAACUGGAUUGUUCUCUGGCGGUUUCGGCCAACAAAAUACAUCCCUCUCAGGCACUACGUCCACAGGAUUCGGAGGAUUUGGUAAUUUUGGUGCAAAGCCCCUGGGCACACAGCCUACCCAGUCAACCUUUGGUGGAUUUGGGCAGACGUCUGGACUGGGAACUUUUGGCCAAGUUGGACAGACCCAACAACAACAACAACAGCAGCAGCAACAACAAAACCCACUAGAGGCCAUAUAUAGGUCAGUCUUCCAAUGUAACAUCUUUAAUGACGAGAGAGACCAGGUAUUGGCUCGAUGGAACUUACUGCAAGCACUGUGGGGUGUCGGAAAAGGUUGGUAUGACAACAGCCAGCCACCGGCAGAAUACACGCCAGAGAAUCCCCUAUGCCGCUUCAAGUCCGUUGGCUACAGUCGCAAACCUUCCACAGAGCCCAAGGAUGGCAUAGUAUCCCUCAUCUUCAAGAAGAAAGAGGCUGAUGUUAGAAACGAAGAGAAUCAGAUUGUUACAAAUAUCAGUAACAUCUUAGGGAACAAACCUAACCUGACAGUCACCAUCGAGGCCAUCAAAGCAAUGUCUGAUGAGAAAACGCAAGUGCUCUUCUACGUUCAAGAGAAAGCUGCCAAUGGUAUGAUCAAGCGAGUGGUGAAUUCCGAGGUGGGUCAGUUCCUGCGUACGCCGGGCCCGAGUCAGACGCUGAUGAACCUUGGUGUAGAGAACGUCUUCUGCUUCCAAGGCCCAGACGCUGACCAGGUCAAGGAGUAUCUGGAUAACCCUCCCGCUGGUAUUGACCCUCGACUUUGGAAGCAAGCGCAAUUAGACAAUCCAGACCCAGAGAAGCUGUUGCCUGUUCCUAUUAUAGGCUUCAGCGACAUACGGUGGCGCGCCAAGUGUCAGGAGAAUGAAACCAAGGUCCACCAUGCAGUAUUAGAUAAAAUAUCUGGUGAAAUAUCAGAAUUGAAACGUCAAAACUCUGAGACGGUAGCUAAGAUUGCCGAGUACAAGCAGCGAGUCAUGGACUUGGAACACAGAGUGCUUAAGGUGCUGGUAAAACAGGAAGCCACUCGUAACGUAGGAAUCGCUCUCAGACCCGAGGAGGAAGCUUUACGCAGCCAACUGGAGGCUCUUCAUUCUCAAGUCAAUACACCCGCCCAGUUCAAGGGAAGGUUGAAUGAGCUGCUGUCUUUGAUGAGAAUGCAGAGACAGGAGUCCAGCCAGGCUCCCUCAGAGAGAUAUUCCAUGGAUCCUGAUGCUCAGGAGGAAAUACAUCAGUUCCUCCUGGAGCAACAUUACGCAAUGCAACAAGUAGUGCAGACGGUCAAUCAGGAUCUUAAGGACCUGAAAACCAUGACUGAAGGAUUCUCAACCCUUCUCCGUGAAAGUUAACCUUUUACCUCUUACUUGUUUAACUUAGUUGUAAGAGGUUAAGACUUAUUUGUAUUUAUGUAUUUCUUUAAUAUUAAACUAUACAAGUUUCUUAAA